AUGGAGCUCCGUGUGGGAAAUAAGUACCGUCUGGGUCGCAAGAUCGGCAGCGGUUCCUUCGGAGAUAUCUACUUGGGUGCCAACAUUGCGUCAGGUGAAGAAGUGGCCAUCAAGCUCGAAUGUGUGAAGACGAAGCACCCCCAGCUACACAUCGAGAGCAAGUUCUACAAGAUGAUGCAGGGGGGAGUGGGGAUCCCAUCCAUCAAGUGGUGUGGUGCUGAGGGCGACUACAACGUCAUGGUCAUGGAGCUGCUGGGGCCCAGCCUCGAGGACCUCUUCAACUUCUGCUCUCGCAAGUUCAGCCUCAAAACGGUGCUGCUCCUGGCCGACCAGAUGAUCAGCCGCAUCGAGUACAUCCACUCCAAGAACUUUAUCCACCGGGACGUGAAGCCUGACAACUUCCUCAUGGGGCUGGGAAAGAAGGGCAACCUGGUAUACAUCAUCGACUUUGGUCUGGCCAAGAAGUACCGGGACGCCCGCACCCACCAGCACAUCCCCUACCGGGAAAACAAGAACCUAACUGGCACUGCCCGCUACGCCUCCAUCAACACCCACCUGGGCAUCGAGCAAAGCCGCCGAGAUGACCUGGAGAGCCUGGGCUACGUGCUCAUGUACUUCAACCUGGGCUCCCUGCCCUGGCAGGGCCUCAAGGCGGCCACCAAGCGGCAGAAGUACGAGCGGAUCAGUGAGAAGAAGAUGUCCACUCCCAUCGAGGUCCUGUGCAAAGGCUACCCCUCCGAGUUCUCCACAUACCUCAACUUCUGCCGCUCGCUGCGGUUUGACGACAAGCCCGACUACUCCUACCUGCGCCAGCUCUUCCGUAACCUCUUCCACCGGCAGGGCUUCUCCUACGACUACGUGUUCGACUGGAACAUGCUCAAAUUCGGUGCAGCCCGGAACCCCGAGGACAUGGACCGGGAGCGGAGAGAACACGAGCGCGAGGAGAGGAUGGGGCAGUUGCGGGGGUCCGCGACCCGAGCCCUGCCCCCUGGACCCCCUACAGGGGCUACUGCCAACCGCCUCCGCAGUGCUGCCGAGCCCGUGGCUACUACCCCAGCCUCCCGCAUCCAGCAAGCUGGCAAUACUUCUCCCAGAGCGAUCUCUCGGGUCGACAGGGAGAGGAAGGUGAGCAUGAGGCUGCACAGGGGCGCUCCCGCCAACGUCUCGUCCUCAGACCUCACUGGGCGGCAAGAGGUCUCCCGGAUCUCAGCUUCACAGACAAGCGUGCCAUUUGACCACCUCGGGAAGUGA